AUGCCGCCGAAAAGUCUGAACAAAGUGCAAAAGCAGAUCGCCAAGAAGAAGGGCGCAUCGACGGCGCUCCAUGAAAAGAGUCGCGAUUACCGACGCCUUCAAAGAGCCAGUGCGCGGGAGGAAAAAGUGCAUAAGCUCGUGGCAUCAAGGGACAAACAAAAUGAUUCUUUCUUAUCCCGGGUCGCUUUCUUUCAUGGCGAAGCCAAGCUGGCAAAUCGACCCCAAUCAAUCUCUGAGAUGCAAGAUAUGAUCGCACGAUACAUUGAACGAAGCGCGAAUGAGCUUGCAAGCGUCAAAUCCGAACGGCGACCCGGCCGGCCACCCAGCAUCCGUGAGCAUCAGCUAAGGAUGCGUAUCGAUCAAGAACAGCGUGAAUAUCGAUCCGGGUUCUGGAUGCCGGAUCUUGAGGAUCCGAAGAACCUCGAGGCUUUGCUCGAGUGGCAUGGCGAAUGGGCGGGGUUGGCCCCUAUGAAUUUUGUGCGGAUCUACCAUGAUGGCACCAAAAAAGAGUCGACUUUCCCGCCAAACGGCCAGUCCUGA